AUGAGGGUAAUUGUUAUCCUUCCAUUCCCAGAAAGUUUUCUGAGGACUUUAUUUAGUCAACUCUUGCACACCGAAAUUCCAAAGUUGUUGUGAUUAUCUCAAUUUCCCUCAAUGUCAGCGUCAACAGAUUCAUCUCUUACUGCACAACAAGAUCAGCCUCAACAAAUUCAACUGCUAGCAUCAACAGAUGAUGAUUACGAUGGUGUUAUCGUUGAAAUCAGUGACCUUGUUAUGGAUUCUACAACCUUUUUAUCCAUUCUUCGACCUUCAAUUUCAAACUGGAAACAGCAGGGCAAGAAGGGCGUUUGGAUAAAAUUACCUAUUCAUCUGGCCAACCUUGUUGAAACUUUAAUCAAGGAAGGUUUUUGGUAUCACCAUGCAGAACCAAAAUAUUUGAUGCUUGUACAUUGGAUUGCAGACAGUGCCAACACAAUUCCGGCGAAUGCCACACACCGAGUUGGUGUUGGAGCGCUUGUGGUGAAUGAAAAACGAGAGGUUCUAGUGGUUCAAGAAAAAACUGGACAUUUUCGGGGAACUGGAUCCUGGAAAUUCCCUACUGGAGUUGCUGAUCAGGGUGAAGAAAUUUGGGAAGCAGCAGUUAGAGAGGUCAAAGAAGAAGCGGGAGUAGACUCAGAAUUCGUGGAAGUAUUAGCUUUCAGACAAAGUCACGCAUCGUUCUUUGAGAAGUCAGACCUAUUCUUUGUGUGCUUGUUGCGCCCUGUUUCUUCCGACAUCAAAAUCCAAGAAGUAGAGAUAGAAGCUGGAAAGUGGAUGCCAUUUGAUGAAUAUGCAGCUCAACCAUUUAUGGAAAAGUAUGAGCUUUUGAGGCAAAUUAACGACAUAUACUUAGCAAAGAUUGAUGGACAUUAUUCUGGAUUUACUCCUGUAUCUACAAAAUCGAACUUCUCUAACCAGAAAAAUAGCUAUCUUUACUUGAAUGUUGGAGGCUUGAAGAGGUCUAAUUCUUUAUAAAGUAUCAGACCAAGUUUACAAACUCAGUGACUUAACAUUAUUGUAUUCAUUGUCUCAACAAUCUCUAAAAGCGCAUUCUUUACUUUCUAACUAUUCAUGUUAGAAAGUCGAAAACCAGUUGAAUUGUAACUAUAAUAACAUCACUGUCAUGUCACAUAUAAGAACAAGAAUAUGAAACAUAGGUGGAGUCAAUAAAAACAGUUUGGUAGCAUGUACUAAACUAUUGUUCUGUCUCUUCUGUACACCUGUAACUUUGUCCCACAAUGUUUGUUUUAUCCUACACUAUCAUUAUAUUCAUUCCUUCAUUUAAGCAA